CCUGUCAAUCAGGCUCUAGGCAGGGAUUACUUUCAAGCGAAUUCCCUUAAUUGUCGUCGGUUUGACAGUCACAGCCUCCAAAUCUUAAAUUAGAUUAAUAAAUUACUCUUAGGAAUGAGAUAAGUUCUUCGACGCUGUUCGGCAACUCUUCUAAACACAUGCAUAACAACUUUUGGGGGCGACUCUGAGGUUUUGAGUGCGUACAGCAGAAACCAUCUAGGACUUUACCUUGCAGCAGACCGCUGUUGCAUCCUAUAAUUUUGUGUUUACUAAAGAAUUUAUCAGAGUUUACACGGGUUUUAAUAUGCUGAGAAGUUUUCGUUGAAGUUAUUGUCUCUUUCUCUAAGAAUAUCGGCUUACAAAUAUGUCGUGCCACGACAAUAUGCUCCAUUUGCUAAAUUUGCCUGAUGGCAUUUUAGACAAAAUUCUGUCAUGUAUGAGCUACGACGACAUUGCACGGCAAAGAUUGGUCUGCCGCAAGUUUGAUCAAACAUGCAGAAACCUACUCAAUAAGGGAUUUGUAGCAGUGGAACGUUAUCAUGGAGUAUGCUUGAAAAAUGUAAAAGCCCAACUUCCUCGAAGAGAAUCAGAGCGAAGAAUGCAUCCAAUGUUCCGUCACUGUGAAAUUUUGACUGCUGUUGAAACUCGUCUAUCUAUGCUCUCUAUGACAUUUAUGAGAUAUGUGGAUAUCAAGCUCUGUUGCUUUAUUCCAGGCAAGGUGAUUGAUGAGAUAUUUCGUGUAUUGAGACAUGUCAUGACCAGUACAACACAACUGCGGGCUCAUGAACUAUUGCAAGAACUCCGUGAUAUAUCAUCAAUGGCAAUGGAACAUUUUGAUGAGAAGGUUGUACCAAGACUCAAACAACAUCUAGCCACUGCCCCAAACAGAAGUUGUCACUCUGUAUCAAUUGCAGGCCCAUCAAAUCUCAGUUUAAUGCCUUCCCGUGUGUCGGCCAUGAGUGUGGACAAAGCAAAACUUGCCAAUGAUUUCUCCAAAAUGCAAUCCCAAUCGAAACAUAAUAAGAAAAAUGUUGACUCCUUAAAGAAAACUGUUCGACGAUUACAGCUAAAGUUGAAGAGACACAGUGUUCAACUGUCUCGACAAAGUGCCAGACUACGAGAGCAAGCCCAAAAACUCCGUGAGCAAGACACAGUUAUAGCCGAAAUGAAACGUCACAUGCAGGAGUGGGACCUAACUUUGAGUGACUUAAAAGCUGGGAGGCUUGUGACAAGUGAUAGUGAUACCAUGAUUUCAUCUGAGAAUUCAUCUGGUGUUACAAGUGGAGAAGGAAGUAGUAAUUCAAGCAGUAUUAGUAAUUUGGCUAGUGCUUCAACAAGUGAUAAUGAAUCAGGAACGAGUGCAUUGAAAGCAGAAAGCAAGCAGGAUGCAACACCAAACACCUCUCCAAAACGGAAACGCACUUCAAGUACAAGUGAAUUGCCCGAAAAUUCUGAAAAUGAUGAAAUGGCUUUGCGUGCGAAACGUUUUUGUCGAAUUUUGAAGUUUUGUGAAAACAAAUCAAUGAAGCAUAAUGAAACUUGAGAUCAGCUUCAGGAGCGACCUACCUCAGAACAUCUCUUGCCUGAGGUCCGUCGCUUCUUCAUUCUUAGGGCAAUAAAAUCCUUGACUCGCCUCUUAAAACAGGUGCAUGGUGUGUAAAUAGUAGUGUCGGAAAUUGAAUGAAGGUUGAGAUCCAUCUCAAGUAACAUUUGGCGUAGAUCUCAACCAGUGUUGUUUAUUUUGUAAGUAAAUUGGAGGGAGGUUGACUGCUCAUCCUUGUCCUCUUACACCAGAUAAUUUUCAGACAAAUAGGUGUAGAUUAGAUAUUUUUUCAAUAACCAUGUUUGUUUGUUUUUUUCUCUAUUUUGCCCAUGUAAACUGUGAUAUAGCACAUGGGAAAGAGACUGUUUUUGUUUUAAUUUAUUAAAUGUAUAUGAAAUCAAAAUCAAAAAGCAUCUUGAUCAAUUUCGUUUUGGUGAAGCCUGUGAAGCUGAAGCCACCCCGUCAUUUGUUUUGAGUAAACUGAUUGGCCGAAUAAGAACUGAAGCCAGCUUCAAGCUGGUUUCAGACAAUCAGAUUACCCAAAACAAAUGCUUCACUGGCUUCACCAAGACUAAAUCGAUCAUAAGUAAUACAAGUUUGUUUGUUUUGUUUUUGUUUUGUUGUUCAAUUGUGGUUUCUAUCUACCUUUAUCUGUAUUUCUCUAUGGGUUUAGGUCACACCUUUAUUUUGGGUGCAAAAUCAAGGGAUAGAGUCCUAUGUGGCUCAGAAAUGCAUCUUGAUAAAGACUCACCUUUUAAAGGUUUUAAAUCCUAAAACCUGCAGAAAUGUGCAUCUUAUUGGCAGCCUCUUUGUUUUGUUUAUCUAUCUUUCUUUUCAGAUGAUCUACUUUCCUACUUCAAGUGUUAUUAUACUGGGAAUCUAAUUUAAAAUAUGUAAAAAAAUUGUACAUGUUGGCCUGUAUUUUUAUUUUCCCUCUAAAUCCUUUUUUUUUUCCUCAAUUUUUUCCCAAAGCAUUUUUGCAAUGAGAUGUCUGUGAUUAGGGGUGGAAGAUUUAUUUAAUUCUUAUCAUAUCACAUUGAGAUACUGUAGAUGCUAGAAGAUUCUGUUAUGACUAAGAAGAUAAUGUGAUCAGUUUUAUUUAAUCUGUUGGUUCUUUCACAUGUUCUAAGCUGGCUUAGUGGUCAUUAUCAUCAUGAAGCAUUUAAGCAAAAAUUGACAUCCUCCAGUGUGAUUCAAGAACCUAACUAAGACUGGUUGCAAUAACUAACAUAAAUUUAGAAAGCUGCACUUUGUGGGGGUGAGUAACAAAGUGCUAAUGUAAAUAGAUAAUUAUUGCUGGUCAGCAGUUGUAUGAGGAAAUGAGGUCUGUGAUGCAGGAUUUGCAUGAUCCCCAUUUUCAAGAAGUAUGCAAUACACCUACUGAAGACAACUUUUGUGCCUUUCCGUGCAGAUUAAAAUGCUGACCUCACAUCUUACUUUGACGUAAAUGCUUGCAUUUUUAAAAUUAAAGUAAUGUGUAGGAAAAGAAGCAAACUAAUUGUGUGCAGCAAUACUCAAUUGCCUUUAAGGAAAUGUGUAAUGAUCAGUACUUACAUAUUUAUGUGUCUGUCUCUCUAGAAUACAAAAAGUGUGGACUGAUGAGUUCUAUAGUUUUACUCAUGAGCAGCAAUAUAAAAGCAUCUUCCUCUUGAGAAGAGUCGGAAGUUGGUUGUUUCUUUAUUUCAUACUAUGCAUAUGAUGGACAUCCCUUUCCUGGGCUGGUAGUGAUCACAUAAUUUAUUCUUUUAUAAAAUUCCCGUCUAAUAGGUUUCUUAGUAAAUUUAUGUUCCUUGUUCUUGCCAAUUAUUACUCCUUAAACAGAAUCCAAAUCAUGCUUUUGAAAUUUUUGUAAUGUUUUCAUUGCUAAGAAAUAAUAUUUAAUAAGUUCAGCCAAACUGAUUUAAAAUGAUAUAAAUAAACAAAAGUAACUAGUAUACUAUGAUCUAGUUCAAAACUUUUUGGUUAGCAGUUUUCUGUUUCUGUGUGAAAAUACCCUAUAUCACUGUUUCAUCUUAAUGUCGUAUAAAUGUAUAGUGCUUUGAUAAUUGCUCCGACAUAAAUCUCAUACUAGAUUUUGAACAUUUUAACAAGUAAGUUCUUUGUUGCAUCUAAUGUAUUUCUUGAAAAGACUUGGUUUAAUGGAGAUCUGUUGGGUGAUGUACUGGACCAAAGGCUUCUCUGGGUGAUUAGAAACACUGAAGUCCCUCAGUGAUUUUCUGAUUUUAUUAUCCUUAUUAUUGUUAUUAUCAAUCAUUGUUGCCUUAAUAGGCUGGUGAUGGUUUCUGCACAUUUAUCAGUACCCUGAGAAAGAGCUUGUUGAAAACUGAUGACUGCUUUUUCAACUUCCAUUAAUUUAAUUCUGUACAUAGCAUUUUCUCCUCCAAUUAUUUCAAAUGUAUCUAGUCGCAGGAAUCUGUCUUGCUAUGAUGGUGAAUUUGUUUGCAUAGCAAUAAAAAAAACUGCAAUGAGAAAAAGAAACUCCUCUGCAAAAUUGUAGUUAAGAGCCUCCUUAUGUUUAUGGUGCUACUGCUGUUACUCUCUUCCAGAUUCAAACUUCUUCGUUUGUCAUUGGGGUUUGUUUUGCUCAUCAUAAAAAUAAUUAUUUUUGAGUGCGAUGUUACUGUAUGACCAAGCCCUCGUAACAUGAUAAGUGUAUUUCCCUCAGACUUGUAUUCAAAACCUAACUGAACUGUUUCUGUUAUGCACCUUUGCAGUCUCUUCUUUGAUAGACCAGAAAUCAUUACUGUACCACUGUAUUCACUGAAGGGUGUAAAAUAAAUGGUCAUUGGUUAAAAGA